AUCAUAAAAACUUCCGACUUCCGGCCAUCUUUUACUUUCGUUUCCCCAGAACAAGCGCAUGGUAGAAUGUUUACGAACAAGUCAAGAAGUGAACAAAUUUUUCAGAGAUGCUUCUUCCUCUAGACUUCAAUUCAAGUAAAACUACCACAAUGGCGAAGAAAACCAUCUCAGAAUAGUGAUUAUGUCAAGUUUUGAAACUGUCAUAGUUUAGAUACCAAAGAGAACAGGAAAAGAAACAGAGACAGAAUUUAAGAGUGUCAGUCUAGACAUGCCGUCUGAAAAGAAAGAAAAGAAGGAGAAAAAGAGAGGAAAACAUGGAAGGGAGUCUGAAGAGUCUGUUAGUCAGGGAAGUGUUGAAACAUCUGCCAGAAGAGACAGUUCCAAGGAAAAACUCAAGAAAAAGAAAAAGCUGGAAAAAGUAGAAACUGAUCUAACAGCCGAUGUGUCACAUAAAGAAGUAGAAGAAAGCAGUGAAAGUGUUCAGAAAACCAAGAAAAAAAGCAAAUGUGAGACAUCCGUCCUUGUCGAUGAAGUGGAGACAGAGAAAGUGGUCGAAAAGGGAAAGAAGAAAAAGAAGGAGAAAGCGAAUAAACCUGACCAGGAACUUGAUGCUUCUAUGAACGAUAUAGAGCUCUCUGGUACAAUCAGUGGUACCGGUAGUCAGAAAAAGAAAAGAAAACAUAAAGAGGAGGAUGGGGACAUAUGCCAACAAGAUAAAGAUAGUGCAGAGUCUGACAGCACUGGCUUAGAUACAGCUUCUCAGAAGAAGAAAAAGAAAGACAAACAGAAAGAAAGGCAUAGAAAAGAAUCUAACACGUCUUUGGACCAGAUCACAGAUGUCCCCGUCUCGGACAUACCAAGAGAAAAACACAAGAAAAAGAAAAAAGACAUUGAUGCAGAUGUCAGUACAUCGCAUGAACAAGUAGAAAAUAGCAGUGCAACAGUUGAGAAAGUUAAGAGAAAACGAAAGCAUGAAGCAUCAAAAGAUGCCAAUAAUAUUGAAAAUGAUGAGUCUGGUAGUACUAGUAUUAAAAACUUGGCCUCAGAUUUAACACCUAAAAAGGUAAAGAAGGAAAAACAGAAAGUGGAUGAUGAGUCGUCUCUUGGCGUUGUUGACCAGAGCAUUUUACAGCAAGCAGGCACUAACCUAGGACUGCCAGUUGAAGAGGAAAAUAUUCCCUCUGAGGAAAAGCCGAAAAAGAAAAAAAAGGAAAAGAAAGAGAAAUCAAGCCAAGAGAACAGUGAAAGUGAAGCGCAGCCUGAAGGGACCAGAUGGAGUCGUUGUGUUGACUACUUGAGACUGUGGGCCACAGAUCGGGCCAGCUGGAGGUUCAAGAAGGCGUCCCAGGUCCAGCUACUGCAGAUUAUGUACAACAAAUCUCAGAUGUCAGACGAGGACUUUGUCGUGAUGCUGCAGUACUUAGAGGAGAUUAGGGGCAAAGGUAGAGACAAGACGCGUGAAGAUGCUGAGAAAUUGCUACAGGAUGGUACAGAUGCACAAGAAGCGCAAGAUGAUGAUAAAGUUUUGAGAGCGCGACAGAUUUUCCAGCUGCUCAGCUAAUGAUGUGCUCUAACAAUCUGGAUUAUUUGAAUAAAAUGUUACCUUACCAAA